UAUGCUGGCAGGGGUCUUGUUGGCUCUUGUUGGACUUAUGACAUCGCUGGCGAUGACUAGUCCUAUUUCUACCGCUUCAUCUUCUAUCGUUACUACAUCAGCAACUGGUGAUAAGCUUGUGUUUUGUCACUUUAUGGUUGGUAUUACCAGUAACCGACAGAGCUCUAGCGACUAUGACGAUGACAUGCAGCGUGCCAAAGACCUUGGCAUAGAUGCUUUCGCUUUGAACAUUGGCACAGAUUCCUAUACCGACACCCAGCUUCAAUUCGCCUAUACAUCCGCCGCAAAGUAUGGAAUGAAGGUGUUCCUCUCAUUCGAUUUCAACUGGUGGAGUGUGGGGCAGGGUAGUGCCGUUGGUGCCAAGAUCAAGCAGUACGCCAGCUAUCCGUCACAGCUGAAAGUUGAUGGUAAAGUGUUUGUCUCGUCGUUCUCGGGCGACGGCGUUGAUGUCUCCGCCAUGACUUCUGCAGCUGGUCAGAGCCUCUUCUUCGCGCCAAACUUCCACCCCGGGCAGGGUAACUUCGAGGACGUGGAUGGUGCGCUCAACUGGAUGGCUUGGCCAAAUAAUGGAGAGAACAAAGCUCCCUCAGCUGGGAACCUCGUCACAGUUCCUGAUGGUGAUAAGUCUUACAUCGAUGCUCUGGGCGGGAAGCCCUAUAUCGCGCCUGUUUCAGCGUGGUUCUCCACUCAUUUUGGAAGUGAGGUAUCAUAUAGCAAAAACUGGGUUUUUCCCUCCGACUUGCUCUGGUAUCGGCGCUGGCGCCAGAUUUUAGACCUCCAGCCUCGCUUUGUGGAAAUAAUUACAUGGAAUGACUAUGGAGAGUCGCAUUACAUAGGACCGUUGUCCUCUCCUCAUACUGAUGAUGGGUCAUCCAAGUGGGUGAUGGAUAUGCCUCACGAUGGCUGGCUAGAAAUGGCCAAGCCGUUCAUCGCCGCCUACAAGGCGGGAAGCACAGAGCCACUGCCCUACAUCGAAGAAGAUAAGCUGGUCUACUGGUACCGACCCACACCCCGGGAUGUCAACUGCGACGCGACAGACACUACGAUGACCGGCAACGCCAACAACGCUAGCGGCAACUUCUUCCGUGGUAAGCCCAACGGAUGGGAGUCGAUGAACGACGAGGUGUUUGUCGUUGCGCUACUCAAAACCCCCGCUCAAGUACAAGUGAAAUCGGGUAGCAACUCGCAUACGUUCCAGGCCCCAGCGGGGAUCAGUUCGUGGUCUGCACCCAUGGGGGUGGGUCAGCAACAGUUCGCGGUGACGCGGAGUGGACGGACGGUCUUGUCGGGGACUAGCCUGAAAGAUAUUGUUGAUUACUGCAUUUGCGGGAUCUACAACUUCAAUGCAUAUGUGGGGACGCUCCCAGCCCCAGCCACAAUUGAUCAACUCCAGCCAGCUGGACUGGCUUCAUUGUCGCAGGGGUUGAAAGUGGCAUGCCCGACGAACACUCUGGGGGCGAACAUUGCCAGUAGUACCGACGGUGCCGGGAGUAUGACCAGUACCAGCAGCAUCAGCACCGCUAGCAGCGCAAGCGGUGUCGCAACUACGUCUGUGAACCCUGGAGGCACCAGAACUGUCACUUGCACUGUAACUGUAACUGUGGCGGUGUGA